GACAGCUGAGGGAGCCAACAGCAUCCCUCAUCUUGAAGCCAUCAGACCAAUAGCAGGGUGUUGGGGGAGGGAGCUGGCCGAGCUCAGCUCUCCUUGCAGCAUCCCUGGAGCAGCCUCCUCUGUUGUGUGAAACACAAGAAAGGACAAGACGAGGGGGGAGUGGAUCCAAAGAGGCAACCUGAGAACAGGAAGGUGAUCUCCUGUAGGCUGCUGGGAUAGGGUUACUCUAGUGUGUGGAGUCCAUCUUCACAGAGAAAUGGCUGUUUUGUCAGUGUAAACAGCCUGUGCAGUACCUGCAUUGCUAAAGGGGAAAGCAGAAGAAGAGGAGGAGGAGGAGGGGCAGCUGUUGGAGGAAAUGCUGCCUCUUCCAAUGAAAUUUUCCCCUCUUUAGCUAACCCCGGCCUGCAGCAGACCACUUCUGAAGUCAUGCAUGUUGCAUGUUAAGUUUUAGGUUUUAUUGUCCAGAUCAUUUGGCCAAAGCAUCAUCAAUGCCUCAGCAGACCUCAAACCAGAGGGAAGACACCUGUAUCGACCAUGAGACGCACUAAAGGCUGAGCGACACGACAACAUCCACCCAGAGAUUGAAGAGACAUCCUUCAGUUGAAACUGUUACACCUGACCAUGGCUGUAACUGCAGCUACGACAACAACAAGUUUUCUCUCCGCAACCGCCACGACCACCGCAAUCCCCUUCCUCUCAACGGGCAAGAGCGCCAGAGACAAUGUCACCUCCAGGACGACAUUAAUGACUGUUACUAUAACAACAACCAACGAAACCAGCUUCAAUGCCACCACGUUUCCGGAGGCGGUGAUCGAGGGCUCAGGAAUGGGAAUGGUGCUCGUACCCUUUGGUAUCAUCACCGUCAUUGGCUUGGCAGUGGUAAUUAUGCUGUAUAUUCGGAAACGGAAGCGGUUGGAGAAGCUGAGGCACCAGCUCAUGCCCAUGUACAACUUUGACCCGGCUGAAGAACAGGAUGACCUGCUGGAACAGGAACUACUGGACCACGGCCGGGACGGCAGCGUCACGGGUCCCAAUGCCAAGUUUUGACAAUGGCAAAAUGGUAAAAGGCAAACAUGGUAAAGUAUCACCUGGGUGUCUUUCGAACCAUCUCUCUGAACCUCUUUUUUUCCCUAACAAUCCUCAUUCUGUCAUUAUUUCAGCAUCUCAAACAAACACUAGUAGGUUAGAUGUUGUGUAAUGUUGUCAUUUCAUAUUAACUAAUCUGUAUUAAAGUAACAGAGGACACACUCAGUCUUUACCUUUGAACAUCUAUAUUAUCUUUCAUCCUUUCCUUUGUGCUCCCUCAACUUAAUACAUUAUUCAUUGAAUAUUCCAGGGGCCACAUGCACAUAAAACAUAUGCAAAAUACCGCCUUAUUUUUGAAUAAUCCAUCCAUUUAUGUGUUUAAUACACACACACCAUCACACAUAGAAGGCUUCAAGUGGUAGAGUACAGUAAGAGCAAUAUGUUGAGAAGCACUGAUAAAGACAAAUAUAAAUACUGUAAGUGCAGUGUUGUUAAUUAGUUUAUUUUUGUUCAGUAGCCAAAGUUUCAUAACAUGAAUGUAAGCUCAGGAUCUCAAGCUCAAGGCCCACUUACGUACUAGCUGUUUCCACAGCUUUCAACUACAUCUCACACAUGGCAACUGAGCCAAACAGGCGAAAUGACUCGCUGGCACCCCCUAAAACGUUGGAAAAAUUGAGCCCCUCAUUCAGGUUUCACCUACAUGUAUGAAAUUUUGUAGGCAGACGUAACAUGGGGAGAUGCACAAAAAGCCUCUUGGAGGUAUACCCAGAAUCCAACGGGAAGUCAGCCAUUUUGAAUUGAAUGGGCCAUUUUCGCGGUCGUGCCUAUAAGGGAACCAGCAAUUUGCGGAAUCUGAUCUGAGAUCUGCAAGACUUGCAAAGGCUCUCGCGAGACUCGCUGCCCAAUGACCUAUCCGAAACUUAACCAUUCAGUCAAUGCCUAAUGUUAACUAUACAAGGUCAAUGCCUAACCAUAAAUAUUCAAGGUCAAUGCCUAACUUUAACCAUUCGAGGUCAAUGCCUAACCUCAACUAUUCAACGUCAACGCAUAACCUUCAUUAUUCAAGGUCAAUGCCUAACCAUAACUAUUCAAGGUCAAUGCCUAACAAUAACUAUUCAAGGUCAAUGCCUAACCAUAACAAUUCGAGGUCAAUGCCUAACCUUAACUAUUCGA